AUGAAGCGCACAUUUUCAGGAGAUGAAUUCGAUACAAAUGGUGAUGGUAUUGGCAAUUCAAAUUCACAAUUAAUUGACAUAACAAAAAAAAGUCGUUCUGAACCUUCAUUACCCUCUCGGGUUGUUCAUUUGAGAAAUAUUGAAACAAGUGAACUUGAAGUAGUACAACUUGGUCUACCAUUCGGCCGUGUGACAAACUUUCUUAAUUUACGAAAAAAAUCCCAAGCUUUUCUUGAAUUUGACUCAACAGAAUCAGCUAAACACAUGGUUGAAUAUUUAACAUCGAUGCCAGCCAUGAUCAAUGAUCGACAAGUAUUUGCACAGUUUUCAAAUCACGGAGAACUUCGUACGGAUCCGACUAAUCGUACAAAUCAGCAAGCUCAUGCAGCAUUAGCACAAGCUACAGAUCUUUAUGAAAUAGCACAAAGAGGUGGACCUAACUGUGUAUUACGUGUUAGCAUUAUUAAUUUAUUAUAUCCUGUUACAAUUGAUGUACUACAUCAGAUAUUCAGUAGAUUUGGUACUGUACUAAAAAUAAUCACAUUUACAAAAAAUGAUAAAUUUCAAGCACUGAUUCAUUUGAAAGAUCCGACUGGGGCUGCACAAGCUAAACAGCAAUUGCAUGGUCAAAAUAUUUAUAAUGGUUGUUGUACUCUUCAAAUUGAAUAUUCAAAACUUCUUUCAUUGACUGUUAAAUAUAAUAAUGAUAAAAGUAGAGAUUAUACUAAUCCAACACUACCAUCCGGUGAAGGAAAUAUGCCCCAACACGCAGAAUUAGAACGAAUGCAUUCAAAUCCUGGCCUUCUUUCAUUACAAAGAACGACUUCUAAUGAAGACUAUCGCUAUGAUUAUUUCACAACAACAGUACCAUCGCGUGGUCGACCUCCAUCAACAGCUGGAUUAACUCUCGGUCAUGAUAUUCCAGGAAAUACUAAUCACUUGAUGAGUCCACUUCAGCCAACACCUUCUGCUUAUAAUCCAAUGGUAGGUGCUACAACUGGUCCAUAUGGUCAUCCAUAUGCUUCAGCUCAUCCUCCUCCACCGCCACCUAUUCAUGGUUUACCUCCAGCACAUCUUCAAGUCCAACAACAACAACAAAAUCCUCAUAUGAUAUCCCUUCACAAUGGUCCUGUCAUUCUCGUAUCAAAUCUUAAUGAAGAUAUGACGACUCCAGAGUCCUUAUUCACACUAUUCGGUGUUUAUGGUGAUGUGCAUCGGGUAAAAAUUUUAUUCAAUAAAAAAGAUUCUGCACUAAUCCAAUAUGCUACAUCACAACAAGCAGCUGUUGGCCAUCAAAAUCUUGAUCAUAUCACAAUGUUUGGAAAACAGAUUCGAGUGUCAUUUUCAAAACAUCAAUUUGUACAAAUGCCAAAAGAUGGUGCAUCGGAUAUGGGCUUAACAAAAGACUUUACAAAUUCACCGUUACAUCGUUUUAAAAAGCCAGGAUCCAAAAAUUAUAAUAAUAUUUUCCCACCUGGUACUGUUCUACAUCUAUCAAAUAUUCCUACUGAAACGAGUGAAGACGAAAUCCAAAAAAUCUUUUCACAAUAUGGAACAAUAAAACGUUUCAAGUUCUUCGAAAAAGAUCGUAAAAUGGCCUUGAUUGAAAUGGAUACAAUAGAACAAGCUAUUGCCGCGUUAAUAAAUACACAUAACUACCGUUUGGCGGAUUCAAUGCAUCUUCGCGUAUCAUUUUCCAAGAGCAAGUUGUAA